GGUGGUUAACAAAGUAACAGGAUCGAGAAUAAAUUAACGUCGAGACUGAGAAAACGAAGAAACCGAGAGUAGGAAGAAGGAAUUAAACUUACGGAGGAGAGAUCAAAGAUUGAAACAAUGAUGACGUCUCAACCUCUUAAAACCUUAAUUCUUAGAGCCAAACAAGUGUUAGGGACCAAAACCAUAGAUGUGGUUCUGUUAAAUAUGAGACAUGGUCUAUUGCCUCGCAAUGCAGGACACACCCUAUCUUUACAAGGUAGUCUUAGGCAUAUCCGAACAACAUGCCGCAUUUCAGUUCCUGGGAUGACAUCAAAAAGUGAAGAUAAAGUGUCUCCUGAGUUUUUAAGGGAUAAGAAAAUGGUGCCAAAUUCAGAGCCUCCGAGCAUUAAAGAUAUUGACCUUUUAUACGAGUUUGUCGAUAAGAGUAGCAAUCUCAUUGUUUUAACUGGAGCAGGAAUAAGCACAGAAUGUGGUAUUCCUGAUUAUAGAAGUCCAAACGGAGCUUAUAGUACUGGCUUCAAACCAAUUACACAUCAGCAAUUCGUCCGUUCAAGCCGAGCUCGCAGGAGGUAUUGGGCAAGGAGCUAUGCUGGAUGGAGAAGGUUUAAUGCAGCACAACCUGGUCCAGGUCAUAAAACGCUUGCAUCCUUGGAAAAAGUUGGCCGAGUAAACUUUAUGAUUACACAGAAUGUUGACAGGCUGCAUCACCGUGCUGGGAGUAAUCCACUUGAGUUGCACGGGACUGUGUACACUGUAGCAUGCUUGGAUUGUGGGUUCUCAUUUUGCCGGAACUCAUUUCAGGACCAAGUCCAGGCUCUGAAUCCAAAGUGGGCAACAGCAAUUGAAAAUUUGAACUUGGGAAGUACCUCAGCAGGGUCAGAAAAGAGUUUUGGCAUGCAGCAGAGGCCUGAUGGUGAUGUUGAGAUUGAUGAGAAAUUUUGGGAGGAGGAUUUUGACAUCCCCAACUGCCAGAAAUGCAAUGGAAUUCUGAAACCUGAUGUUGUCUUUUUUGGUGACAACGUUCCUAAAGACAGAGCUAAUAAAGCAAUGGAAGCUUCAAAAGACUGUGAUGCCUUUCUUGUGCUAGGAUCUUCCCUCAUGACCAUGUCUGCAUUCCGACUUGUCAGAGAUAAAAGUGUGAAAAGAAACUAUGCUUAUUCCAGUGUGCUCCCUAAGAGGUGCAACAUCUUCCUUUCUGUAUCUAGGAGUUGGCCAAUGAAGCACUCUAGUGAGCGAGCUGCUCAUGAGGCUGGUGCAAGUGUUGGGAUUGUGAACAUUGGUCCCACACGUGCUGAUGACUUUGUGCCCUUAAAAAUAAAUGCAAGAUGUGGAGAGAUUCUACCCAGGUUACUCGACGUGGGAGUUCUCUCCCUACCAGCUGUGCAUUGACAGAUCUGAAAAGUGAAAACUACAGGGAGACCCAUUCUUCGGAUCUUUCCCACUGUGAAACCCACGCCCAGAAAUCUGAAGGCGCGCACCCAUUUUCUAGGAAAAAAUUAUUUUCAAACCCAUAUUUUAUAAAAUUCUGUUUCGUUCUUUUUUCUUCUUCUUCAUCUUCAAUUCCUUUUCUUCUUCCUCUCCACUCUACCGUGAAUUGUUGUGGUCGAUUAAGAAGAGUGGGUAUUGGUUAUCACUCAAGUUUGAUUCAGAUUUUGUGAUGAAUUGAUGGAAGAAUCGAAGAAGAAUCGAAGAAGAAAAUUAGGGUCUAGAGAGUUAGGUCGAGAGAAUUGAUUCAGAUUUUACAGUUCUCGAUAAGAUUAGGUCGAGAGAAUUUCUAGAUAAAGUUUUUAUUAGAAUGAGAGAAGUUGAUUUACAUGAUUUGUCUUCAUUGAUUUACCAACUUUUGAUUUUAGCUUUGAAUGAUUUUAGCAAACGAGAAGUGAUUGAUGGAAUUAUUGGAUUUCUUGGAGGAUUAAGUAAAGUGAGUUCAAUUGUUAGACAAGUUGAAGGAACUGUAUUAUUGCAUUUCAAUUUUGCUGUGAAACAAGAUCCAUCAUUAGGUCAGGAGAUAUUAGGAUUAGUGAAAAAUGAUUUAAGAGCUUGUAAUCAUUUCACUGUUGUUGUUUUCCUGUCUAUUUGUCGAGUUCGUAAAUUUAAUGAAAGCGCCUUUGGCGUUCUUAGAAUGGUUGUUGUUAGAUCUUAUAAGGAGUAUAAAUACACAAGGUAAUCGAUUCGAAACAACACUAUAUAUGUGAAGUGUUGUUUCUGAUUUUUUUUUAUAGUGUAGUACUUGUUUGUUGAA